AUGCAGGAAAUAUUUUCAGUUGGCUGGGCCAGUGCUCAAAAUUGCGGAAAAACACCAAUUCCGCCAAAGGUGGAGGAGAAGCACUCGGUGAAAAUCGUUGGUGGCACCCCUGCCGUACCCUACAGCUGGCCAUGGCAGGUCGAGCUCUGCACAAAAAGUAAAACAUUUUACACUACUCCUGUACACUUUGUCAGCUGGGGAACCUGCGAAUUAUACUGUGGUGGUACGCUGAUCGCACCUGAAUGGGUUAUGUCAGCAGCACACUGCGUGUCAGUUUUUCACGAUGGUUAUGAAGACAGUCCAGAAUUCUUUGGGGUUAAACUUGGAACCUACAAGUACUACGACACUAAUGAGGACGGAGAGAUGAUACGCGAUGUAGAAAAAAUUUACAAACAUCCCAAAUACAAGAACCCAAAGAGAUAUUCUAAUGAUAUCUCUUUAAUCCAUGUGAGAAAAAGUUCUAUUACCGCUUCAAAACCUCGAGGCCCAGUAAAUUACACAGAUCAUAUUCAACCAAUAUGCCUUCCUAAGUCUGUAAAAGACAUUGUUGUGGAAGGAAAGCUUGCCUACGUAACAGGAUGGGGAGCAACAUCAGAGGGCGGUGAUGUGUCUGACGAGCUUCGUCAAGUUCAUGUUCCAUUCCUUAACAUGUCCCACUGCAAAAAAGAAUAUCCAGGCCGCAUUGACGAGACAAUGGAAUGUGCUGGCGCAGAAGGGAAGGACAGCUGUCAGGGUGAUUCUGGAGGCCCACUGGUGACGAAACACGAUAAUAAUGGUCGCUGGUAUCAAGCCGGUAUUGUAUCGUGGGGAUCAGGAUGUGCUGAAGCUGGUUAUGCAGCUCAUCCUACUGUAGGAUGUAAAUGGUAA